AUGCCUCGCCAACAAACGAUUUCGCGGGGUCCGAAAGACCGAGAUGCUGCUCCCAAGCCAGCCCAAAAGCGCAAAAAUGGCCGUGCCAUAAACGCCCUCUCAAUCGCCGAAAAACAAAUUCCCAACAAGCUGGGUGUGCGACGAACUCGUCUUGGUUACUACGAUGACGGCUCGAACCCAAAAAGAUACUCAAACCGUGACGAUGACGAAGAUGGUGAUGAAGAGGGGGAUGUACCAGACUACAAACGCCGCAGAUUCAACACCGCCCCCGAUAAUGAAAGUUUGAAUGGUGGCAGUGAUAGCGAGGGUCACGAGUGGAAAUUAGGACAAGUGGACAGUGACGACGACAGUGAGCUAGACAGUGAUGAAGCUCUGGGAGAAAGUGACGAGGAAAGAUUCGAAGGCUUCACAUUCCGCGGAAGCUCGACCACAAAGUCUAAAUCCAAGGCAAAGAAACCUACAAAAAAGCGCGCGGAUGUCAACUCAUCCGAGGAGGGCGAGUCUGACGAGGAUGAUGAUCUUGGUGAAGACGCUGUGGAUCUCUUGACUGCAUGGGAUAUGAACACUGCAGAGGAAGAGGCCGAAGCAAAGAAAGCUGCCACCAAAUCUAAAAGGCCUUCUAUGGGAGAGGACAGUGACGAAGACUCAGGCUCUGAAGGCGACAGCGAAGAAGACGAAAGUGAUGAUGAUCAAUUGUCUUUUACUGACGAGGACGCCGAUGAUCAGGGUGAUGGCCUAUCCAAGCUUCAGGACUUUGUCGAUUCCAUGGACACAGGGCGCCGUACGAAAUCCACCCAAAAGUCGCAAGAACAAGGCAAGCCUUCCGAGUACGGCUUGACCUCAUCUCGAAAGUUAACUGUCGCCGAUCUGUUGCCAUCAAUCACAGACUCUCGUCUCAAGGGCUCUUUGAAGCACGUUGACGCUGCUCCCAAGGAAUCUAAGGCCGGUAUCCCAGGAAAGCUGGAUGCACCAUUAGCGAAGCGCCAACAGGAUAAGCUCGACCGCUCCGCAGCCUAUGAUAAGAGCAAAGAAACCCUGGACCGCUGGAUCGAGACUGUCAAGCAUAAUCGCCGAGCCGAGCAUCUGGUUUUCCCCCUACCUGAUCCGGAUAAUGAGCAGGUCCACCGCAUGGAUUCUGCCAAGCCUGCCAACGACCUGGAAGCUACUAUCCAAAACAUCCUGACAGAAAGUGGCUUGUCUCAAGCAAAUGGCCAGUCCAACGAAGAAGAAGUCCAAGGCUUCGAAGAAAUCCAAGCUCGCACAUUGCCUAUUGAAGAGAUCCAGGCCCGGCGUGCCGAAUUGCGCAAGCGCCGUGACUUGCUUUUUCGUGAGGAAGUCCGUUCUAAGCGUAUCAAGAAGAUCAAGAGUAAGGCCUACCGUCGUGUUCACCGUAAAGAGCGUGAGCGUCUUGAACUGCAAGAAAAACAAGCACUCCUGGAAGCCGGUGUGGACCUGGAUGAAAUGGACCAGGAGAAGAAUGAGCGACUCAGAGCUGAGGCCCGUAUGGGUUCCAAGCACCGAGACAGCAAGUGGGCUAAGAGCUUGAAGGAGACCGGGCGUACUGCCUGGGACGAGGAAGCUCGCAACGGUGCAGCAGACUUGGCUCUCCGCGAGGAGGAGCUGCGCAGGCGAAUCGAAGGAAAGAGUGUCUCGCGCGGAGAUGAUACUUACCUUGAAUCAUCUAGCGAGUCAGAAGGCGACGAGGACCCCUGGGCCUCUGAUGCUUCUGAUGUAGAGAAGCGCAAGGUGCAGAAGAAGCUGCGCGCUCUGGACAAGGAGGCCGAUACUGAACUUCCCAAGGGCCAGCAUUCCAAUCUCUUCUCAAUGAAAUUCAUGCAAAAUGCUGAGGCGGCUCGCAAGGAAGAGAACGACGCGGAGGUCAGACGUCUUAACCGUGAGCUUCACGGCGAAGGCUCAGAGUCUGAAGCUGAAUCGGACGUCGGCCGACGAAAGUUCGGUCAGUCCAAGAAGACCGACGCCAAGCCUCAAACAAAGGCCUUGCCCAAGAACGAGCUCGAGGAGACAGCUGGCUCAGAUGAUGAAGAUCAAGAUGUUGAUAUUGUUGUCGAUCGUCCUGUCAAGCAAAAGCCUGCCACUUCCGCCCCAUCUAAGCCAACUUCCAAGCCUUCAGACAAGAUGUUUACCCAACAACCAAAGGAGACUGCCGUCGAAGAAAACCCUUGGCUGGUUUCAACUGAACGUACCAACCGUCGCCGAACAGGUACAGAUGCCCACGAGGCGAUGGAGAUCACGCUGGACGAUGAAGAGCCAGAAACAUUACAAGCGCAAGUCUCAUCUAAGAAAACCAAGCCAGCCAAAAAAUCUCAGCAAACUUCCGCCAAAAAGGCUUCUUAUUCCGAUGCCCAAAACGACAGCGAUGACGAAGAUAACGUCCCUGUCCUGCUCAAGAACCAUGAUCUUGUUAAGAGGGCAUUCGCUGGCGAUGAAGUUGUCCAAGACUUUGAGCAAGAAAAACUGGACACCAUUGAAGAUGAAGGAGACAAGGUUAUCGACAACACCCUUGAUGGCUGGGGAAGCUGGGCCGGUGAGGGCGUGAGCAAGAAAUCCCAGAAGAACAAGAAGCGCUUCCUGACCAAGGUCGAGGGCGUUAAGCCUGAGCAACGAAAAGAUGCCAAGCUCGAUCGUGUGAUCAUAAAUCAGAAGCGUGUCAAGAAGAACGCCAAGUACAUGGCUAGCACAUUGCCUCACGAGUUUGAAUCCAAGGCCCAAUAUGAGCGGUCACUACGCAUGCCUCUGGGUCCGGAGUGGUCCACGAAGGAAACUUACCAGAGUGGAACCAAACCUCGUGUCAUUGUGAAGAAGGGCAUUAUCAAGCCUAUGGACAAGCCUAUGAUUUGA